AUGUUUGCUGUGAUAGCAGCUUUCUUUCAGAUACGAACUGAGUUCCAGAUGCCUAAAUCGAGUUCCAUGAGUCGAGCAAUGAAUAUCCGAGUGAACAACUGGAGUUUCCUACAUGAAAAGCCUGGGCAAACCUCAGUUCCAACAUUCCUGCACUCGUAUCAACACCAACAUUCGCGAGCCCAUGAAAGCAUCAUAUUCUCACCUCA